CUUUAACCCCUCGAAAGUACUUCUCCGCUUUAGAGUAUUUCCUGCUCGCGGCACGGCAUGGAAACCUCCAUGGAUAUCCAAGACAGUUCGAUUCCGAAUCCAUCGCCAGAGGUUCGCAUAGACUUGAGUUCGGAGGACAUGGCAACUGAUCAAGCUUGCCAGGAUAGUUGCAAAACAACAAGAGACUGCAAUGAGGAGAGCAACCCAAUGGCGCUGCAACCAAGUGAAAUACAAGGAGAUUUGAAUCUUGCUGGACCACCACCAGACUGCAACGAGGAGAGCAACCCAAUGGCGUCGCAACCAAGUGAAGUACAAGGAGAUUCGAAUCCUGCUGAACCACCACCAGAUUGCAUCGUGGAGAGCAUCCCAAUAACGCUGCAUCCAAGUGAAAUACAAGGAAAUUCGAAUCCUGCAGAACCAUCACCAGAGGUUCGCUUGGAUGCAAGUUCAGAAGACAUGGCAAUUGAUGAAGCUUCUCAAGACAGUGGCAAUUCAAGCAGAGAGGUUCAUGAAGAAUCGAGUUCAGAAAGCAUGGCAACUAAUGAUUCUCCCCAGUACGGUCGCACAACAACUAGAGAAGGAAGUUAUGACCGACCAAAAAUUAAAAAAAGAAAAAAAGAAAAAGAAGAAGAAGGAAGUUAUGAAGACAUGACAAAUCCUGUGGAAGACUAUCCGAGGUGGCGGCAACAAAAGGCCUGGAAUCUAUUAAAUUCUAAAGUCCAACCAAGAGCGGUCGUCAAUGAGAAUGAGAACCAUCGAUCACUCUUUGAUGCAGCACUGAGAGGUGAUUGGAAAACUAUCAAGAAAAUCCUCAAUAAAAAUCAUGCAUCAUUGACGGCCAAAAUUAUGACUAUAGGAAAUGAGUCUUUUACUGUGCUUGAUAUUGCGAUUAUGGCCACACAAGAUCAGUUGGUUGAGAACCUGGUCAAGCGAUUUCCUCGGGUUUAUGAAGAUCUCAAUCCUAAUAGAGCCCUUCACUAUGCUGCUCAGGGAGGAAGAUUAAAGAUGGUAAAGGCGUUAAUAGACAAAGCUGAUGCCAGACCUGAUAUUAGAGAGACUGCCCUAAACCUUGCUACUUAUUUUGCUCCUUCGCAAUAUAAGGAGGCCAUCUGGUACUUGGCCAGGCGUUCAACAUGCGCCCCAUCUUCUGACACGAUGUUCGGCCUUAUCGAUAGCGGCUAUUUCGACAUAUGCUUAUAUUUAGCUCGCAAAUACCCUGGCUUAACGACAUCCAAGGGAACUGAUGGCGUGGGCUGUUUGGAUUACUUGGCGAUAAUUCCUUUUCACUUCCGUAAUGGAGAUCAACUCAAUUUUUGGGAAAAAUGUAUUUACAAAAUUAUCCCUCUCUGCUUGGUCAAUACAUCAUUUGACGACUCCGAGGACACAAAAAUGGCUCGAGUACUAAAAGCACUUCAUUGGAUCAAGAUAUCACUAUGGAAUCUUGCCACAAUACCAGCACCUUUCAUCAAAAGAAGUGGAGAAUCGAAGUUGAGGCACUAUUACUCGCUUGAGUUUGCAAAACAAGCUCUUACCGAGAUAAAGAAUGGUACAAGUACUCCCGAAAUACUGGAGUAUAUAUUAACUUCAGGCGUUGUCCUUGAUGCUGCAUCUCGCGGAGUCUUUGAAAUUGUGGAUUUAUGUCUUAAAUAUUUUCCGGAGUUGAUGUGGGAUACCAAUUUCGCAAAAAAACUGAUCAUAAAAGUUGUGGAGGGACGGCAUAUUGAGUUGUUUAGACUGGUGAACGAAAACUACCCAAUUCGAUAUUUGGCUGAAGAUAAUUACAUGGACUUUGACCUGAUGGAGGCUGUAACCAAAUGGUCUUCGAGAUGUGUGUCCCCUGAUGUUUCUGGAGCGGCUUUUCUUAUGCAGAGGGAACUUCAAUGGUUUCAAGCAGUGGAAUUUAGAGGAUUUUUUUCUUCUAAAUGGCAGACAUAUAUAGAAAAUAAAAAGUCAUACUGGGAAAAGUUUGUAGAACAGCGCGAAGGAUUGCUCAAAGAUGCAGGGCAAUGGAUGAAGGAUACAUCAUCAUCUUGUAGCCUUGUUGCAACUCUAAUUAUUACAGUAGCUUUUGCUGCAACUUUUACGGUGCUUGGAGGCAACGACGGUAGUAAGGGGAUCCCAAUAUUUCUGAACAAGGGCUCAUUCAUGGUAUUCGUCGUUGCAAAUGCUCUUGCUCUCUUCUCCUCUGUCACUGCCACAUUGAUGUUCUUGGCCAUUCUAACUUCACGCUACGCGAGCGAAGAUUUCCUCUACUCACUACCAAGAAAAAUGAUAUUGGGCCUCACUUUUCUCUUCCUCUCAUUGGCUUUUAUGUUGGUGGCAUUUGGCUCUGCUCUUAUGAUUGUCUUGAGUGAACGAUUGAAGUGGAUUUACAUCCCAAUUACAUUGUUGGCUGCCAUCCCCAUCAUUUUGUUCGCAAUCCUACAACUUCCCUUAUAUGUUGAAAUGGUGGGAUCCACCUUUCGACCUCACCUCUACCGUCCCCUGAAGCUUUGGAAAUGAUCUAUGCUAUUAUUGGAGAAGGACAUCUGCAAUGUGAUCUUUGUUUGCACUUGUUACUAUGUGUGAAAUGUGACUAUCAUGGUGUUUACUCAUGUUUAGAGACUUUUGAAGUGCGACAUCAGCCAUAUUUAUACUAACAUUUAAUGUAUGCUGUCAAGUGCAUGUAAAAAUAGUCAAGCUUUUUAAACUCAUGGUUGGACUCAUUUAUAAUUUCAUUGUUAUCUAUUCACGUUGAGUCGA